CGGUUGCUGUGGGAGAUCCUCACGUUCCUGCUGCUGGAGUCAAACCGAAACGAGGUGACACGACGGACCGGAUAACCUAUGACGCUUCUCAAGGGCACGUCCAUGUUGGGUCGUGGUGCGAAGAGGAAGUGGAGCUGCUUGGACGAGCUGGAAGUAGAGGCCGUUCCUGCUGUUAUGACUGAGGAAAAGGAGAAGUAUGGAGAGGAGCACAGGGACGACGAGGGUAUGUUCCUCCUGGCUCCGUCCAGAGCUAACACGAGUCACCUGCAGCAGCGUCAGCUCGUGCUUGGCCUCUGCUUAGAGAAGCUCCAGCGCUACCAGGCUGGGAUGGAACUCAGCUUGCGUCGCUCUGUGCUGCUCAUCAACAUGCUCAGGCAGAUCCAGGAGGACAUGCGGUGUGACGGGGCAAGAAGCUGCUCUCUCAAUGAGCCCAAGGAUGGUGUCCAUCCUAACUCCUGCCUUCUUAUGGAGGACAUGUCAUUUAUGUGUCCUGGUUGUGCAGAGGGCAAUGAAAAAAGCCUGUGUCCACCUCCACCACCAUCUCCAAUUUUUUCUUCUCAGGACACAUACAGCUCAGCCAGCCAACCGAAAUCACUGCCCGCUGUGACAAUCAAUGCUUUUAGUGAUGCAGUAAAUGCCAUGGGCUACCUCAGUGACCUUGCUCUGGAUGACAUUUUUGAGGACAUUGAUACCUCAAUGUAUGACACAUCGGACCUCUCUGCUGCGUUGGUGGCAGGCUCCGUCUGGCCCGUCAGUGUGUCACUCUGGCUUGAUGAAGAGGUGAAAACAUGCUCAAGUAGUCACACCUCAGCUGGGAGCCUCCAGACAGGUAUGAUGGACUUGAAUGAGUUGGACCAUAUCAUGGAGAUCCUAAUAAGGUCCUGAAUGCCACGAUGUGACUUUGUGAGGUUUGAGAGUCUGAUCACAGCUGCUCUGACUCAGGAUGCUGACAGACAGACUGAGAACAUGGAUUGAUUUGGAUCUUGAUGAUCUGUUAUGAUGUUUUCAGCUAAUUUUAGUUUUUACAACUUGGUGGUCCAACUCAAAUUACAUAUGAUGUCUGUGGGUGUCUUUUAAGUGGAGGACAGAAGCCUACUUAGUAGGUCACUAGUGUAUAUUUUAGCCUCUUUGGCUGGUGCAAUACCUGACCUGGGGUCUGGAGGAGUUUAACUUCUUUAUAUGUGUCAGUUCUGUCAUGGACUGAUGACCGAUCCAAUAUAGGCUGGGAAAGGCCACACCCACAAUAACCAUCAACAAGUGGGUACAGCUGAUAAUUUAUUAAGGCCAAAUAUGCAAGCCAUAAUGGCAUUAUAGGAUAGAAUUUAAUUCAAUAAGGGGAAAGUAGCUGAAGCAGAGGCCAGUUUUUACACUCAGAGUGUAGCAGAAAGUGCAGUUCUAGUACACACUGGACAAAUGAGGUGAAGACAGAUGGAAGCAAGCACUUCCGAGGGAAGUGUUGCAACUGAAGACAUUGCACGUCACAAGGGGAAGCCAUGCAGAUAUCUGAGGUGGAUCAUGUUUCCUUUGCUGCUGAGUAAAACCACAGAUAUUACAGAUGAUUAUGACACACUUAUCCUCUUUUGGCAGAUUUUGUUUUCUCUGUGCAAAUCAGCUGCUGUGGAGGAAGAAUCCUCAGCUGUCAGGGUUUGUGCAUUAGAUCAGACCUGGGUUGAUUAUUAAUUGAAUUCCUUUCAGUUACUUAAGCGAGCCAGCCUGGGGGGUCAAAGGCCUGGUUUUCCUUUCGGUGCUGGGACUGUUUCCUGUCGCACCAUAGAGGAUUUUUUAAAUUUAUUUGUUUUUAAAUUAGCACUGGCUUCAGUCAGACGGUGGGUGGACUGUCUAAACAUGCAUUUGGCUCAUGAAGCAUGUGGCCAUUGAAUUUGGGAAUUUACAAGCCGUUGAAGUGCACAGAGAGUUAAAGUAAUGCCUAAAUGUGACAUGUUCACGUCAUAUAUCUCAAGGGGUGAAGUGAAAUUGGUGUAAAAUGUUAGAACUACUUUGUGUAUUAUUAUUUAUUAGUGGAGGUCAAAUUCAUUAAGUACAGAAUCAAACGGUUUGGUGUGAACAUGUAAUUUAGGUCUUUAUGUCUCUGGGCUGUCAGUGCCGGUGGAUUGGAUGCUCUUGUUGACCUUUCUGCCAUUUGCGGUGCCACAUGGAACCAACCACAAAAAGUC